CGUACCUCGCGCCGGGGUGUCUUUCUAUAGAGAAUGAGAAAUUGCCUAAGUACCAUAUGGAGAGGAGACUUCAGCAUGACUCUACUAUCUAUUCUCCGCCUUCAUCGCGGACAGCCCACAAAUUCCAUACUAAAUCCUGUCUACUCCACGUCAUCGACAGCCAAUUCUCUGCAGCCUUCGCAGCAGCAUUCACCUUUCCAACCCACAAUCACUACAAAGAAGCCGUUGAACUACCCACCCAUCGGAUACAAAAGCCGACAAAGCCCCACUCCACCAGAGCAAGAAAUCCCAGAGCAACUCACCAUAUAUAGAACUCUCCGCUGCUAUCUAGCUCUAAGUUGCAACCGCAACAUCAUAAUAUCAACCCUCUGCGGCUCAUUCUGAGAACUCAACGUCCCAUGCAACCUCGUCACCCCGUGGUUCCAUCCCAUACUAAAAUAAAUUGCCCUCGGCCCAAAGUACGCAACACCCCAGGCCGUUACGCAGAGAUACCAGCUCGGAUAUGUGGCACCCGCCGACCACACCUUUCGGCCGUGUAGAUCGGCGCCACUAUAAGCGGUCUAGUACCG